AUGGACAAAAUAAAUAAAAUAAUGAUAUGUGACCCCAACGAGGACGACAUAGAAAAUGGGAACGGGGAGGAUGUGGAAAACGAUAACGACGAGGACAUUGAAAAUGACAUAUUACGCGAUAUCAAACCAGUUAUGUGGAUCAAUGAUGAUCCAAACUAUGAGUUGGACGAGAUUAAUAUGUUUUUUCAUAGAGUCGAUUCGAACCAAAUUAUAUACGAGGAGAAGAAGAAGAAGUGUAAAUUUAUCGGCAAGUAUGUCAUGGGCGACGUUCUCGGCGAAGGUAGUUAUGGGAAGGUGAAAGAAGUGUUGGAUUCACAAACGCUUUGUCGAAGAGCCGUCAAAAUACUAAAGAAAAGAAAAUUACGGAGGAUACCGAACGGAGAAGUGAAUGUUCAACGGGAAAUAAAGUUGUUAAGGAUAUUAAAACAUAAGAAUGUAAUAAAUCUUGUAGAUGUUUUAUAUAGUGAUGAGAAAGAAAAGAUGUAUUUAGUUAUGGAAUUUUGCGUAUGUGGAUUACAGGAUAUGCUGGAAAGCACACCAGCCAAGAAGCUUCCACUCUGGCAGGCGCACGAUUAUUUCUGCCAGUUGUUGGAUGGUUUAGAGUACCUUUACAGUAAAGGAAUAGUUCACAAAGACAUAAAGCCUGGAAAUUUGUUAUUAACCCUAGAUGGUACCUUAAAGAUUAGUGAUUUUGGCGUCGCAGAGGCGUUAGACAUGUUUUCCAAAGACGAUACAUGUACGAUAGGUCAAGGAUCGCCGGCGUUUCAACCGCCCGAAAUCGCAAACGGCUGCGAAAGUUUCUCAGGUUUCAAAGUAGACAUAUGGAGCAGCGGGGUGACACUGUACAACAUAACAACAGGUCUAUAUCCCUUCGAGGGCGAUAAUAUAUAUAAAUUAUACGAAAACAUUGGAAGGGGUGAAUAUACUAUACCAAAAGAAAUAGAGGAGCCUUUAAAAUCGCUUAUAGAGGGCAUGUUGCAGAAGGAUGCGGAAGAAAGAUUUACAUUGCAACAGGUUAAAAGGCACGCCUGGACGAUAUGUAAGCAUCCUAAAACACAGGAGGAGGUGCCUGUGCCGCCCCUUAAGAAAGACGGAUGCCACAGCAUGACUGUUCUGCCAUACCUGAUGGAAUAUCAUUACGGUGUCGAUGAGAAUCCCAUAUAUUACACGGAACAUCAGCUGAACGAAGAACGAAGACUCCAAGAGUUGGACCGUAUUAGCGAGGACCGCAAAGCGACCUGCAACAGCCACCAUGCGAAAUCCAACGCACACCAGAACAAGCGGAGAUGGCGCAAACCGAUCUCGUGCAUUAGCAUCAAGAGGUUCCCGUCGUGCAAGCCAUCGUGAUUUUGCCGACUGCGCGUCGCAUAUUCGCUCGCUUCGUAUCUCACUGACCGUGUCAGUCUUUCGCGAAGUUUCUCCGUGACGGAGGUGACUGAAGACUCGACGAGAAGGGGAAAAUAAAUAAGUAAAAAGGGAAAAAAGCUGAACACACGAGGUGUAAUACAUCGUCACAGCGCACGAAUAGAAUACGAAACUCGAGUCAGUUCAAAAAAAAAGCGUCGGAUGUAAACUUUGUGAUAUUAAGAUUAAAUAGCGUAACCAGUAAUCAACGACAUCUUUAUUAAUCAUCCAGCGCACUACGAAACGCCCGUACGAGGACGUCAACGGACUGUCUCCGGUGUGUAUGGCGCGAUUGAUGAAAUAAAAUCGCUGCUUGUCAGGAGAAUUUUACGCAUUCACUUUUAUUUCCGCACGGGAACUACUCGA